AUGGCUGCUCCCGAAAUCCACCAUCUCUUCCACAACCCCAUUGCCGACCACUCCUUCUCGGCUGACCGCUCGACUCUCGCCAUCGCCCGCGACUCGACAAUCGAACUCUACGGAAAGGCAGGCAGUGCUUUCAAGCUGAAGGAUGAGCUGAAGGGCCACGACAAGAGGGUCACCAGCGUUGACAUUGCCCCCAACAGCGGUCGCAUCGUUACCUGUUCGCAAGAUCGUAAUGCCCUCGUCUGGGAGCCCUCUCCCUCCGGCUACAAGCCGACUCUUGUGCUUCUGCGCAUCAGUCGCGCCGCGACAUUCGUCCGCUGGUCGCCCGACGAGACCAAAUUCGCCGUCGGUUCCGGCGACCGCCUCAUUGCCGUUUGCUAUUUCGAGGAGGAAAACGACUGGUGGGUGUCGAAGCACCUGAAGAAGCCCAUCCGCAGCACCAUCACUUCGGUUGCUUGGCACCCCAACUCGGUGCUCCUCGCUGCCGGAUCUGCGGAUGCUCACGCUCGUGUCUUCUCUGCCUUUAUCAAGGGCAACGACGCCAGGCCCGAGCCCAGUGUUUGGGGCGAGAGGCUUCCCUUCAAUACUGUCUGCGGAGAGUACCUCAACAACUCUGCAGGCUGGGUUCACUCUGUUGCCUUCUCGCCCAGCGGAGAUGCCCUUGCAUUCACCGCCCAUGACAGCAGCAUCACGGUUGUCUACCCCAACGGCGCCGACCAGCCCCCCAAGGCUGUUCUCAACAUCGCGACCCAGCUUCUUCCCUUCAUGAGCCUCCUGUGGAGUUCCGAGGACGAGAUCAUCGCUGCUGGCUACGACUGCGAGGCGUUUCGCUUCCAGGGAGGCGAGAGUGGCUGGCAGCUGGCGGGCAGCCUUGAGUCCAAGGGCCGCCCUGGCCUUGGCGAGGCGCGUGAAGAGUCUGCCCUCAACAUGUUCAGGCAGAUGGAUCUCAAGGGCAAGACUCAGGACGACACCAAGCUCAAGACGGUUCACCAGAACACCAUUUCGACCAUUCGUGCCUACGAAUCUUCUGGUGGCAACGUCACUAAGAUUAGCUCCACUGGCGUCGAUGGAAGGAUUGUCAUCUGGUCCAUCUAG